AUGAGGCUUCUGGCGCUGGCCCUGGCGUGCUCACUGCUGCUUCUGCCGAACAGCGACGCCGCCGCGCAGAACGCCGGGAACCGCGUUCUGAUCCUGACGACGCCAGGCCCCAACCAGACAGACUUCCUCACGACGGCCCUGGCAGCCAGGGGCAUCCCUUACGACAUUGUUCAGUGGGACGGCGACAAAUCGCCGCGCCUAGACCUCAAUAAGAUCCUGUAUGAGAAGGACGGGGUCACGGGCAGGUACACCGGCAUUGCGAUGCUGCCCAAUAUAGAGGCGCUGGGCAACAUGAAGCGGAUUGAGGUGAAGGACCUUUGGCGCUACCAGCGCCGUACUGGGGCUCGCGCCGUGAAGUUCAACGUGUGGGCGCCCACGGUCGGUUACGCGGCGGACGACCUGGCCUGCGCCAGCUCAGCCGCAGAGAUGACUCUCUCACGCGCCGCGCUGCCGCUGGCAACAGCGGACGUCAACGCGUCGCUGCUUCUCACCGGCCAGGGGCUCUACAGGCAAGGACGCGAAGUGAU